AUGUUGAAGCUCGCUGCCAUACUGCUGGGCCUGCCUGCCGUCUUGGCUCAGAACAGUACCUGCUGUCAAGCUCUCCAAAAUGCCGGCCUAGCCCACGUGUUGUACCCCAACACGACGGAGUAUGCCAACCGUACUGUGUCAUACUGGUCUGUCAGCGCGCAACUGAGCCCGUACUGCAUAGUUCAGCCUACAUGCACCUCGGAGGUCGUCAAGGUGGUGAACACUCUCAUAAGAGGUGAAAGCUGUUCCUCGACAAAGUUCGCUGUUCGCUCUGGGGGACACACAGUAUGGGCUGGUUCAAACAACAUCAAUGACGGUGUGACUGUUGACCUCGGGCUUAUGAAGGAUGUCACUCUGGACAAGAAUGCUUCUGUUGCCUCAAUCGGCCCGGGUGCGAGGUGGUUGAAUGUGUAUGCCGCAUUGGAUCCUGAUGGCUGGACAGUUCCUGGUGGAAGGGCAGGCAGUGUUGGCGUUGCUGGUUUCUUGACCGGUGGAGGAAACUCAUUUUUCACUGCGCGAAAAGGGUUCGCAUGCGACAACGUGAAGAACUUCGAGUUGGUCACUGCAAGCGGAGAGGUCGUAAAUGCGAACGCAGAUGAGAACCCAGAUCUGUGGCAAGCCCUCAAGGGUGGCUCCGCCGCGAACUUUGGCAUUGUCACUAGAUUUGACAUGUUCGCUUUCCAGACUGGAAACUUAUGGGGUGGUACGGCGACCUACAACAAGUCAGCCACUGCGGACCAGAUUGCUGCGUACGUCAAAUGGACCGACAAUGUCAGCAACUAUCCAGACGGGAGCUCCAUCAUCUUCUGGAGUUAUCUGCCAGUCAUGUCGGACAUUGUGAUCCUCGCCGCCUACGAGGACACUCAGGGCAAUGAAGCGCCAGUUGGUUUCGAUGACUUCAUGGCCAUCCCACGUAUCGCUGAUACUCUGAGGAUAGACAGCCACAAAGCGCUCACAGAUGAGCUUGAGCAGGCAACAGGAUACCGUGACGUCUGGUUUACUAUGACCUUUGCUAACAACGCUGAAAUCUUCACCAAAAUCGUCGAACUUAACGAAGCCUUUGUCAACGAGUGGAAAUCUCAGACGAAUGACCCUGACUUCAUCACACAAUGCAUGUUUCAGGCUAUCCCGACUGUCUUCUCAGUGCACAGUGUCGAGAGAGGCGGCAACGUCAUGGGUCUUGACUCGGAAGACCGGAACGGGAUCAUGCUUCUAUUCGACAUUGCUGUCAAGACAGCCGAGGAAGAAGCUAUCGCACGCCCUCUGCUGCGCUCCUACGGUGAACAGAUGCAGGAAUUUGCUACCAGCAGGGACGGGUUAAUUUCGUGGAAGUUCCUAAACUACGCCGACUCGUAUCAGAAUCCUCUGGCCAGUUAUGGAUCGGCGAAUGUCGAGAAGAUCCGGGCGGCUGCCAAAAAGUUCGAUCCCGAGGGUGUGUUCCAGACGAAAGCCCCUGGCGGCUUCAAGAUCUCGAAGGUGGGAACCGAAGAGUCUGGAGUGGAGACCGACAAGUUGUUUGGUAGUGUAGGGGAGGAGACGAAGACUCUUGCCAACUUGAGCGAUGCGUAGUUUUCGUCCAAGGAAGGUAGCCGCUAUGUCCUCCUCUGGUAGGCUUCGUGA